AUCAUACAUCUUGUUACAGAAUCAUGCGCAAGAAUUUAUCGAAAAUGGAGUGUCUCGAAGUAAUCCUAUUUUUAUGUUCAGUGGUCACUUUCAUGGUCAGCAAUUGCGAAGCGGAGUCAGAAAAUAAUAGUGAAAAGGCAAAUCUGCGGAAACUCUCGUCAGAGUUGGACUUGUCCAGCAUAGAGGCAUCAAUAGAGAACGAGGAGACGUUGAGGAGAAUAGUGAAGAGGCUGGCACCCGAGAAGAAUGGCGAGUACCAAAUUUAUCAAGUCUUCUUCGGCAAUGCGGACCUUCUCAAGGAAUGGCUCAAAGGAGCGGGCGUGACAGGACAGCCGGGUGUGGACUUUCCAGCCCUGACGACGAUCCCAGCCACUUCGUUCAGCUGCCGCGGUCUGAAAGGUGGUUACUACGCGGACUUGGAGACGAAUUGUCAAGUAUUCCACAUAUGCGACAACGGACGAAAGAUCUCGUUCCUCUGCCCGAACGGCACCAUCUUCCAACAAUCGCAGCUGAUUUGCGAUUGGUGGUUCAAGGUGGACUGCAGCAAGUCCACGGAGCUGUACGAGCAGAGUAGCGAGCAGCUGCUCGAGGAGGAGCGACGGCGCGCCGAGUCGCGUAAAUCGAGAUUGGACUAUCAGCAGUCGAUCGAGUCGAACGGUCAGCAGGACUACUACGACGUGCAGAGUCUCAGCUACGACGGCAAGCAGAACGGGAGGAUCAAGCCGUACGAGGAGCCAUCGCAGGAGAACCAGGUCCAAUCGAACAGAGAAAGAAUCAAAUCCUCCCGGUACUUUGACUCUGGCAACAACUUCAACAGCCAAGAGUCAAACUCGCCGAGGGACAACGACCAAUCGUCAUUUACCAAUGGGAUUCAAUCGAACAACCAACCAAAGCAGCAGCAGCAGUUCAAUCAAUUCGCGUCGAGGAACAUCGACGAAGGGGACAGGCACUCGACGACAGAUUACUAUCACAGCACACCGAAAAAAGCUCAGAAUUACCACGUGGUGAAUAGAAACUCGAACAGCCAACGAGACGACAAGGGCGCUUUGAAGAGAUUGAAGUUCAAAGGGCUGAACAGAGGCAACUUCACCGCUGCCAGUUCGCAGAGGGUCACGCCAGCUUACACAGAGUCGACGACGUUCAGAGGAGGCAGCAACACCAGCCCCGCCAAGGAGUCUCAGCAAUUCGCGGAGAGCGCGGCGUUCGUUAGCAAUCGCGGGAACCGGUUCAACGAGAACACCGGCAACACGCACCAGUAUUACUAUCAGUUGUACGUCAAUCGCGACCCAACUACGAGGAGUACUGACUCGAGACGAGGCAACGAGAACGACGUGUCCACGCAGAGGAACGAUUACUCGUUAUUCACGGACGCCGGGCCCACUUAUUACGAGACGACGACGACGCAGUAUCCGACGGCCACCGACGCGUGCAACGACGAGACCGAGGCUACGUCUACCUACGUUGACGCUCAACCGACGACCGAGUCACUUCUGUUUGCCAAUAGCAACUACGAGUACCGUGGAAGCCUGAGAACCACCGGGGCCAACGUUCGCAGCAGCUUCGUUAACAAGAGUUACUACAAUAGUAACAGCAACAGGGAGAGCAGCAGAGCAACUGCCGCGAGUAACACAGGAACGAUUCCGCCGACGACUCGUUCCUACGUGACCACGGACACGUAUCGUCAGAACACCAUCACCCCGAGCAGUUCCUCGCAGCAGAGGUACACUACGAACUACGUUACUGGCACGCCGACAGCGUCCUUUCGCAGCAACAAUUUCGGACGCAGCACGGAGAAACCAACGAUCGAUCGGUUAAACGUUGACGCGAAACUGGCCAGCAAGAGUCCCACGACAGUCUCGCCGGGUUCUCGGCAGAAUUCGAUCAGCACGAUCGAUGGUAACCAGUCGAAUAGAUUAAACGUUGGCGCGAAACUGAUCGGCAAAGGUUUGACCACAGUCUCGCCGGGUUCUCGGCAGAAUUCGAUCAGCACGAUCGACAGCAAUCGGCCGAACAGGUUGAACGUUGACGCGAAAAAUCCAACCACAACGGUUUAUCGGCAGAAUUCGAUCAGCACGAUCGACAGCAACCAGUCGAACAGGUUGAACGUUGACGCGAAAGGUCCAACCACAACGGUUUAUCGGCAGAAUUCGAUCAGCACAACUACGGAGAAGCCGUUCAGAAGCACCGCGGCUUAUCAACCGAGCACCGUGACCGAGAAAGACCUGAGCCCCUACGACAGAAGCUUCACGUACAAGCAGGGCAAAGUGAUGUCCACUCUAGGCCCUUACGUGCCGUUUACGAAGAACUACGCGCACACGUCGAGCAGCGGUCCAGCUUCGAAACCGACUCCGUACACCGCCACGGUGCCCACUUACACGACCAGUUACACCUCCGCGGGCACGAGGACUCUGACGCCGAAAUUGAAAUAUCCCGCGCCAACGUCGUUGAGUAAAAUCAAGCCGAGCGCGGCGCGGGAACACGCGUUGAGCAUGUUGCACUCGCUGAAGAGCCUCGAGCACAACGUGCCGAGUCUGUCGGAGGUGUUGAGAGGUAACGAACCUCGGGUGUCGAACGUUUCUGCUCCACCGGCUGCCUCGACGUUGCACUCUCUGGCCCUCUACUUCUCCACCGCCACGGAGAACUUCGACUCGAACGAGACGACGGACUCGUCGGUCAGCGCGGAGGCAGCGGAGAAGUCGUCGCUCUCGAGGAAGAGCAACGGAACGGUCCAGGUGCCGACCAGCCUCUUAACCAGACACACCAUCGACACGUACGCGCAACUGUUCAAGCUGAACGACGACGACGCGGAGACGAACAACGUGACGACGGAGGAGCGCUCGGACGAUUCGAGCAGUUACGGGGAGGACGACAGUACAGAGGACGAUUUGGAGCUUCAGCAAAGCGGCGGAUCGUUGGACGAUCUUCGAAAGUCGAACAGCACGAGACUACGAGAGCUGGCGCAGGUGUUCACGCACGCUCUCUCCGCAUACUUGCUGGACCCGGACUCGUUCAAGAGGGUGUUGACCGAGAUCAGGCCGACCGAGCCGUCGAAAACGACGGAGGAGAGCGACGACUCGUGGAAGACUACAACUCCGUAUCCGACCGGGGAGGACGAGGAGAGCACCUCCUCGACUAAAGAGAAAGACGAGGUUCUAGACUUUUCCGACGAUGGUAACGACGCCAGACACAAAUUGACCACCGUUUAUCCAACCACCUUCGAGCCACCUACCACCACCGUUCAAGAGAACGUCUACGACACGCUCAGCACGUUACCGAGCACUUACUACGCCACCACUCCCAGAGUCUUGUCCUCUCAAGAGGACAGUACGAACGCGUACUUCGAAACCUCCGAGCCUCCCACGGAGGAGAGCACGUUCACCUCGGACGCGAGUUUCUACGGUCAGAAUAACGUCGAGUCGACGGUCACGAACGAUCCGUUUGACCUUGAUAUUGGGAACCAGAGCCGCGUCGGCGGUUUCCAGAACAACAGCGCGGUGAGCACUGUUGUCCAGCCGAUCGAAAUGUUACUGGCCACUACCCCCGUGAGCGACAAUUACGUCGUUUCACCCACGCCACUCUCCCCGUCCACGUUCGUGCACAUGACCUACAACUGGAACAAAAAGUCGACGAGCAGGAAGCCCGAGCAGCAGCUGACACCUCCGUUUUUCGACGGUCGCUCGGAGACGAUCCGAAAGGCCACUUCGAGAGUUACUCCUGAGAGUUACUCCUCGAGCACGCCCGUGUCCACCACCGUCGAAGACUCACUGAUCCCCCAUCGCUCGAAGUCGCUGUUGCACGACUCGUCGAAGCCUCGCACAGAAUUGAAACCCGGAGUGUCCCUUCUGCCGACGUUACGAAGCAGUUACAUGAAAUUCCGGGAUCUUUACAAUCGCAUAACGGACGAGCGUGAAGCUUCUGAGAAGCCAGCGACGACGACGGUCCCCGUCACCGAGUCGACCAUAAACACUAGCGUGGAUGACACUACACCGUGCGCCGAUGACGAUUCCUCCAUCCUGUCUGUGGACCAGAGGGAAGAUUCAAAGGUAUUGGAGAACGAUCACUGGACUUCGUCACCGGCUGUUACCCACUUGUGGGAGACGUCGGUGUUCGUCGACCCUCAGAGAAUCAACCACGACCUGGAGUCGGAUCUUGGACCAUCGACCGUAACGACUGGCGCGUCCGAUGAAAGAGGGGAGUACGAGAACACGCCAUCCCUGGGCGAAGACGUGUCGAGCAGCUCGGACGAGUCGUUCGUCAGCGAGGAAGAAGACGUUGGUGCGCCGUUUUCCUCGCAGAGACUGUCGAGGGACAAGGACUCGCCCACGACCUUCUCUCUACUCCCGGCCUCGUUCUCCUCGUCCACCGUUGAGAACACUGUCACGCCGAAGCCGCUGAUUACCACGCGCAGCAGCAUCACGACGACUAUAACGUCCUCGAUAACCGCUUCGACGAACUCGUUGCCCCGGGAUACUCUUGGAUACAAUUCCUUGUUACCCUACGCGGCAGAUACGGGCAAGAGCAAGUCGAACGGGACGGAGAACGAAAUCGCCGAGAGGCUGUUCGGCAAAUUGAACGCCACGACCACCGACGCGUUGAUGAGGGUGAUGAAGCAGGUGGACAACAACGAGACCGUCCGACAGCUGGUGUUGCUUCUGAUACGACACUGCAGGGACCCCGCGGACAAGACGUUGCAACGCGAGCGGGAGGAGCUGUUGAACGCGUUGCUCCGACUGCCCGUGAACGAGUUCUCGUCGGAGGAUUCGAGGAACGCGGUGGCCGGUAUCAAUCGGCUCGGUUUGCCCGCCGAUGUCAAGUCGACCGGUCGCGCGAGGAGUGCCGAUCGAUCGACUCCCUCGACACUGUUGGCCACCGAUCCGCCGGUGACCACGUUCAGGAGCAGAAAGAGCCGGAGAUUUCGCACGACUACGGAGAACUCGGCGAGCAUCGUGAGACGAUCGGAAAAGACCGCGGCGUCCACCGACGAGAACAAUCGAUCGCUCGGGGACGAGGCAGCGUCCGCGUCCGACAACAGAGCCCUGGAACUUCUCCGAUCGUUGUACACGAUAGCUACCAAAUGGGGGUGAGGUUACCCAAUGGGAAACGGGGGGGAUCGUAUAGCGUUUUGACAGGCUCUGAAGAAUAAAUUCUUUUCGAGGAAACCGGGGAACUUGCAUUACAUUUCGUGUCGCUGUGCGCAGUUUGUUUGUCAGAUCGGUCGGUCGUUCGAGAAUCGGGCAUUGAUUCCGAAUGGUUGAUCGAUCUUGUUGAUCAACGAGCUACGACAAUUUUUAGUUUAACUUGAUUUGGAUGAAUCGAUCGUGACUAUGAAUCCGAGUCUCUUUUUUGCUUCCCUCGGUGUUCACGAUGUUCAUGGAAAUUGAUCUUGACAAACUAUGGGUAAUUUUCGUUUAAUUUUUCGAUUCGAAUGACACUGUGAAUUAAGCUUCUUCCUUAUUUUAUUCAAGAUCGAGGUUCUGAAUGAUCGAUCGAUCUUCCAGGCAAACUAUGAUAAUUUCGUUUGGCUUGAGAUUCGAAUGAAUCGAUCGUUUCUUUCUUGCUUUCUUUGGUGUUGAAGAUCGAGAAUAACACGAUGGAAAUUCUGAUUCUUGGUUGAUGGAUAGUCCCCGACAGACUAUGACUAAUUCGAUUGACUUGAUUCGAACGAAUCGAUCGUAUUAUGAAUCAAGUUUCUCUCUCGCUGGCGUUUAAUCUUGAACGAUUUUUUAAAUUUGGCUGGGGAAUUAAAUUGCAACGAUACGAGAGUGGAAGAUUUCUAUGGGGUGAUGGGAACGUGUAACACGUACUUAGUUACUAUGACGGAAGUACCUUUCUUUCCAAAUGUUUUUUUUUUCUUUUUUUUGUUUUCUAUACGCACACGGAAUUCCUCAAACUUUUAAACAUUAAGGGAUCGAGCUUCUGUCAGAUUAGUCAAACCAUUGCCCUGAAUUCAAGCCAUUUCGAUUGACCUGAUACAUGUGCAUGAUUGGCCUGCAAUCCAUGAAUAUAAAAUACUCUGACAAUGAGUAUUUUAACUGUUUUCAUAUUUUUA